AUGAUGAUGAUGAAGAAUCAGUUUUUCCAAAUAUAUAUGUUGUACCAGAUUUACCACCAAAACUUCAACAAAUAAUACAGAAAGGUGAAUUAAAUGAAUUUCGUAGUCAUACAAAUGUACGUCGACUUUUACUUGAUACUAUUUUUAAUCAUGUGACAAAUGAAUAUUCGUUGCUUUAUCCUAAUAAAGAUCAAUACAAAUCAAUGGGCAAAGCAAUAUUGAAAACACUAAAUAUUCCCAAAGACAAAGAAAUAUUGAAUGAAUGGAUCGAAAGUCUUAAAAACAAGUUUAAACGAGAACGUCGUCCACUUCAGCAAACAUCUGCUGAAGUUCAACAGAUGAAAGUCAAGUAUGGCAAUAGUAUUGGUCGUCCAAUCAAACGAACUAAUAAUUUAAUUGCACCUCGUCGAGUAUCUUCGGUUGAGUUUUGGAAUAAAAUAGAUCUGCAUGAUGAUCCUGAAGAUUUACAUAAAAACGUCCAGUUUAUGAAGAACGAAUUGGUAGAUCAAAAUUUUGAUUGGGAUCAAGUCAAAAAUCCAUGGAAAAAAACAUUAGUUCAAAGAAGAACCUUUAUUCGAGAUCACACAACAAAAGAAGUUCCUCAAGAAUAUCCUGGUUAUCGUUAUGCCUUAUUGAUCUUUGACGAGGUUCGCUAUGUAUGCAAUGUCGAUAUUGAACUAAAUUUAAAAUCUAUGUUGCCAAAAUUACUUGAUUGUAUUCCAGAUAAUUCAGGUUUUGUUAAUGAUCUUCCAGCUGUACGUUUGAUUAAACUUUUGUCCAAAUAUUUCAGUGAUUCAUGGCAACAUAUCUUAUCGAGUAAAGAACCAUUAUCUCCACGUCCAAGUAUACAAAUAACAACUGAUAAAUUUAUUAUUUUUUUGGAUUAUGAAAUCAUUACUGAAACACCAUCAAUUGAUCAAGCUUUAUGUGUUGUCAUCUCUUUAUAUGUUCUGUUUGAAUUGCAAUUCGGUUCACACAAUCGAAUUAUUCAGUUAUUGUACGGGAUAUUAUUGCAAGAACCUGGUGCAUUAACAAAACCAUUACGUCUUCUAUUAAAUCAAUGGAACUUUAUUGUUGACAAAAAAGAAUAUAAAAGAAAUAUUCAAAUGCCAACAACAAUAUCAACAACAACAAAAACACUUACAACUACAGUAGAAAAUUUGAUACAAGCCGAAGAUAGUCAAGCUGAUAAUUUAUAUGAUAGUGAAGAAGAACAAGAAUAUAUAGAAAAUACAACCGGUUUGCCGUCAUUUUUUGAGGAACAAAAUAAAUCAUCUAUUUUUGCAUUAUUAGGUUAUAUUCAAAGUCUAACUACAACAACACCUACCAGUGACGAGGAUCUUAUGAAGGAUUAUCCAUUAGAAUCAUCAGAUUCCUCCAAUUCAUCAUCACCAAUUGAUCGUCCACUUCUUAUUCACACUUUACCAACAGAAAAACAACAAGUAAUAACAUCACCUUUACCACUUUUGAACGACAACCCAAUACGUAAUGUAAACAUCAAACACCAAACAUCAUCAAAAUCAAUUGAUCAAUCAUCAACUAUUCAAAAGAAAAUUAUUUAUGCAGCAAGAAAACGAUCUUCUAGUCCUGAUGAACCUAUAGCGUCACGUUUAAAGCGUUCACGACUUAAAACAAAAAAUUAA